AUGGACAACAGCUAUUUUGUUGUAGUAUUUUAUAGUUUUUUUAAGGAUAAUGGCGUCUUCGGAUACGAUCCAAACAUCAACGACGUGACUCAAGUUUCUGGCGCUCUUGAAUACGAGUUAUGCGAUUAUUCUUCUCCUAAGAACGUCUACAACACAGGAUAUGAUGCCGUGACUCUCACGGAACCAUGUUUUCACUACUUCAUCACCUCAAAUCAAGCUCAAUGCGUAUUGGGACAGAAACUCGACGUUCUCGUCGUCCAUGACCCCUCCUGUCCCGUUCCUCCACCACCACAUCCUAGCAAGAUCCUUCCUGUCGGAAAAACCUACAAGAUCGGAGAGUCAAAUGGAUGGAAAGUGUGA